AUGGCCAUCACGGUUUCUCCAGCCGAGCUUAAGAAUCUGGAAGACGUUCUCCUCAAUACCCAAGGAAACGUCCUUCUACACAACCGUUUCCGUGCCCUAUUCACCCUAAAGUCGCUCAAAUCAGAAGAGGCGAUCCGGAUAAUAUCCGAUGGAUUCAAGGAUGAAUCGGCUCUCCUUAAGCACGAACUGGCAUAUUGCUUAGGCCAGAUCCAAAAACCGUCGGCCUUACCGAUCUUGGAAUCGGUGCUUGCAGAUACCACAGAGGACCCGAUGGUACGGCACGAGGCAGCCGAAGCCAUGGGUGCCAUUUCUGCCCCGCAAUCCAUCCCAGUCUUGAAAAAGUACUUGUCGGAUUCAAAUCAGAGCGUUAGGGAAACCUGCGAGAUUGCCAUUGCCAGAAUCGAAUGGGACAACUCAGAAGAAGAGCAUAUCUUGUCAAUUGACCCAGCACCUCCUACGUCUGGCCUGAUUGCUGGUGUACCCAAACCCGAAGAUGUAACCGAGUCUAACAUCAAUGACUUGCGUUCAAAGCUUCUUAACAAGGAGCUACCUCUAUUUGAACGAUAUCGAGCCAUGUUCGCGCUUCGAAAUAUAGGUACACCCUUGGCGGUAGAUGCUCUUGCCGCCGGAUUCGUCGACGACAGUGCUCUGCUCAAACACGAGAUUGCCUUUGUAUUUGGACAACUGCUGUCUCCUCACUCAGUGCCUUGUCUGCUUGAGAUCCUAAAAGACUCGCAAGAAUCUGACAUGGUUCGCCAUGAAGCUGCUGAAGCCCUUGGUGGUAUCGGUACUCCUGAAGUGUUGCCUCAUCUGAGAGAGUGGAUGACACGAGAAGAUUCGCCUCGCGUAGUGCGAGAAAGUUGUCAAGUUGCCAUAGACAUGUGGGAGUAUGAAAACUCUAACGAGUUUCAGUAUGCUAAUGGACUUGACUCCACAUCGUCUGUAACUGUCGGCGCCUAAUGUUUUCAAAAGUUCUCAAGGGGGUGACUAUUCAAUAACAAGAAGACGUGUACUUUGUGUAAUCUGUAUAUCACUGUUUACUCUUGCGUGUAGUCUACACAAAAUGGUCGGGAUGCACGGAAGCCAGCAAAAAGAAUGUGACCAGCUGCGGAGAAUAUGGUUCAAACUAGACGCCGAUGUGC